GCGCAAGUAGCGCAACUAACCGACUAUUUCGUUGGUGAAAGUUUGUCAAUGAUGGUGAAUUAAAACGCGAAUUCCAAACCAUCGUUACCUGUCAAUUAGGCAACCAAUUUCACAUAAUGACAUAAUUUCACGCAAGUGAAGUUAGCUCCGGACGAACAGACUUUUGCAGGUUAUAAUGUAACAUUUAACGUUUCCAAUUCAAUUUACCCAACUUAAAGCUGUUAUGAACGUUAUAACACGCCCAUUAAUUACUACUAAACCGUUUCUAUCGAUUUUACGCAACGCCCGUACGACAACGCUAAAUCUCUCGAACGGCCCCAACAAUGCUUCGAGAGCCAAAGGCAUCAGGUCCACCCUGUAUUACGUGACCGCCGCCGGCGUAGUAACCGUCGGCCUCAGCUACGCCGCCGUGCCCCUUUACCGCCUCUUCUGCCAGGCCUACAGCUAUGGUGGGACGGUAGCCACCGGCCACGAUGCGGAUAAAGUCGAAUCGAUGUCGGCCGUCAAGAACAGGCCUUUAAAGAUCAAAUUCAACGCCGACACCGCGGCCAGCAUGAGGUGGAACUUCAAACCGCAACAGUCCGAGAUUACUGUGUUUCCAGGUGAGACUGCUCUGGCUUUCUAUACGGCUAAGAAUCCUACAGACGUGCCUGUGAUUGGUAUAAGUACUUACAAUGUGGUACCGUUCGAAGCCGGACAGUAUUUCAAUAAGAUACAAUGUUUCUGUUUCGAGGAACAAAUGUUAAAUCCUCACGAACAAGUGGAUAUGCCAGUAUUUUUUUACAUCGAUCCGGAGAUAACGGAAGAUCCUUACAUGGAGUUUGUAAAUGAAAUAACGUUGUCGUACACGUUCUUCGAAGCCAAAGAGGGGCUCAAAUUGCCGCUUCCUAGUUUCAUGCAAAGUAAAUGAAU